AAGAAGUUGCAACAUCCGUCCUGGGACAAAUGCAGAUUAAUCUGGGUGGUUUUUGCAGUGUACAGUCACGGCGUAAAGUAGUGAAACGGCUGAGGGAGCAGAGGUGGACGGCGAACAGUGUCUUCAUCCAUUCUUGACCGUUGACAAACAGCAGAAAUGUAUCCAGGAUCAGAAUAUUUGUCAAACUCAUUACAUGCUGCACAGAUAUUUCCAGAGGAAGUUCCGAAGGAGCUGUCUCCGAAAAGGGUCCUUCAAAGCAUCUCAUUGAUGACCAGUGAGAGCCCUUAUUCGCCUUGUCACCUAAAUCUUCUGGGAGGCUCCCCAUGUGUGUGCCGUCGGAGUCCACGACUGUUGACUAACGGUUAUUAUGAUGUGAGUGAAGAGAGCUUCAUUGAUGAAGAAGGGAAUAUUACCUUAACUCCAUCCAAAAUAAACAUCAGCUACAAGGAAAACCUGGUAAGAGUCUUCCGACGGAGGAGAAAGGCUCGUCGAUCCUUUGCAAGCUUCUUUAACAUGGAUUCCUCAGGUUCGUGGCUGAACAGCCAACUCUUCAGUGGAGCCAAUUGUCCCCUUGCAGAAUCCUCAUGGAUUGAUGAGGGAAGUGAUUGUGACACCAGCUACAGCCAUAAGCAGGGACAAAGCAGUGUGGAUUUGUCCAUGACUGAUAAGUCUUGGUUAUUAGAAGAAACUCAACCCUUCAUUAAUGCUAAAGUUUUCUCCACUGAAGAUCUAUUGAUAGACAGAUCACAAAGAUUCUUGGAUCUUCCUUCUCAUUCCCAGAUCCAACCUGCAAAGUGCUACGUCAAUAAUGCGCCAAAUAGCCCAGAGGCCGAUGUUAGGCUGUCUUUAAAGAGGGUGAACCCUCGCAAGGCGGAAGGUCCUGAUGGAGUACCUGAUUUAAUAACCAUCAGGAAUUACUUCUCCCACCUGAUAAUUCUGGCCCUCUCCAUCAGCAUCGCUGUAUUCGCAAGGUGCUUUUUCGGAGGAAUGAUUGCUGCACUGAUCAGCACCACACUGCUGUUUGCAACCGUACUGACUACAGCAAGAUUAGCGUAUACUUAUUUCAUUAAAUCGCAAAAGAUCCUGCAACAGACACAGGCUGAGGUUAUCAAGUAUAAAUGUAACUCGACACUUCUACAAGUGAAGCAAUGAAAGGCUCGAAACGUCUGGAAAAUUUGAUGAACUAGAGCAAAGCAUUCAGACCAAGUUGGCAACCUAAUCCUAACUGGUUUAUGAAUAUACUUACAUGAAGGUCCCCCUAUAUGAUGCCCAUUCAAUCCAAUGCCAAUAAUGUUCGCUCUCUCUUGCUCCCUUCCAUGAGCUACUCAAUUGUAUUUAAAACACAAAGAAAUGGCCAUAUGGGCAGUUAACUACUACCUGGUCAAUGGAGACAAAACCAGCUAAACAAUCUGCAAAGUGCAGUUUUCUAACGUUUGCAAGCCUUUGCCAAAGUUGGGCAGCAGACAAGUUCAGGGGCAAUAAAUCCUCCUAUUUGUUAAAAUGAAUUCACCAACUGACAUACUGGACUCAUUUCCAACUUGGCAACAGACCUACCAGAAGAAGGGAGCUGUCCGAGGAGUUGCAUGAUUUCUCUGAAUACUUCACCUGAUCUGAAGCCAACCGGGGUAAUAACCUGCUGUCCAAAUCACUUGCCUCCAUUAUUUUGAAUAUGGAAGAGGGAUUGAUGGUGACAAGAUCACUGAAGGGACUGUGAACACCCUCCAGAGUCAUUUUAUCAAUGACGGAAUAAGAAAUUAAGACCAUAAAACAUAGGAACAGAACCAGGCCAUUCAGCCCAUCAUGUCUUCUCUGUCAUUCCAUCAUGGCUGAUUUCUACCCUUCUCCUGUAGCCUUUAGCAUCCUGACUAAUCAAGAACUUAUUAAUCUUCAUUCGAAGUAUACCCAAUAAUUUGGUCUCCACAGCCAUCUGUGCCAAUGAAUUCCUCAGAUUCAUCACCCUCCAGCUACAGAAAUUCUUCUCAUCUCUUUUUAAAGAGAUGCCCCUAAUGGGUGAGUUGUAAAGGAUAGAGCUGACAGUCUAGAUCUUAAGGGCUUGUAACAGCAGCAAAUGUAAGGCACCCAAUUUAUCUUCACAAUGUAUUGAGGUUGUACUCCCAACUCCCUUCUAGUUCAUCUACUGGUUAAUUCCCUGCCUCCUGGUUAUUUACAUUAGUUUACCCUGUUUGUGCCUCAUGGCAGGAUCAGAUAUAAUAUCACUGGCCUAUGUUGUGAAAUUUGUUGUUUUGUAGCAGCAGUAUAUUCCAAUAUAUAAUAAUACAAAUAUAAAUUACAUUAAGAAAAAUAUGCAUAAUAUAAAUUAAAUAAGUAGUGCAAAAAGAGAGCCAAAAAAAGAAAGAGGUGGUGUACGUUGUCCAUUCAGAAAUAUGAUGGCGAAGGGGGAGAAGCUGUUACUAAGAUGUUGAGUGUGUGUCUUCAGUCUCCUGAACAACCUCCUUGAAAGUAGUAAUGAGAAGAAAGUGUGACCAGGAGAUGAGGGUCCUUAAUGAUGGAUGUCAUGUUUUUGAGUCAUCAUCUUUUGACGAUGUCCUUGAUGAUGGGGAGGCUAGUGCCCAUGAUGGAGCUGGCUAGUUUGCAACUCUGCAUCAUUUUCUGAUUCUGUGCAAUCCCUCUCCAUACCAGUUGAUGAUGCAACCAGUUAGAAUGCUCUCCAUGGUACAUCAAUGGAAAUCUGUGAGUGUCUUUGGUGACAUACCAAAUCUCCUCAAAUACUUAAGAAAUAUAGCUGCUGGUGUGCCUUCUUUGUAAUUGCAUCAAUAUUUUGAGGCUCAGGAUAGGUAUUCAAAGACAUUGACAUUCAGGAACUUGAAACUGCUCACCCCUUCAACUACAAAUGGCAAAAUAGUACAACCAUGGCUGACAAGGGAAGUCAAAGUUAACAUAAAAGCAAAAGAGAGGGAAUACACCAAAGUAAAUAUAAGUGGGAAGCCAGAGGAUUGGGAAACUUUUAAAACACUACAGAGAGCAACCAAAAGAAUCAUUAGGAUGUAAAAGAUAAUAUGAAAUCAAGCUAGCAAACAAUAUCAAAGUGGAGAGUAAAAGCUUUCUCAAGUAUGUAUUUAAAAAAAAAUAAAUAAGAGGGAGAUGAGAGUGGAUAUAGGACCAAUAGAACAUGAAGCCGGAGAAAUAAAAACAGGGGCCAAGGAGAUACCAGAUGAACUACAUGAGUAUUUUGCAUCAGUCUUCAGUGUGGAAGACACUAGCAAUGUGCGAGAUGUUGAAGGGUGUGAGGGAAGAGAAGUGAGUGCAGUUACUAUUACAAGGGAGAAGGUGUUCAAAAAGCUGAAAGACCUAAGGGUACAUAAGUCACCUGGACCAGAUGAACUGCACCCUAGUGUUCUGAAAAAGGUAGCAGAAGAGAUUAUGGAGGUAUUAGUAAUUAUCUUUCAAAAAUUAUUGGACUCUGGCAUACUGCCAGGGGACUGGAAAAUUGCAAAUGUCACUCAACUGUUUAAGAAAGGAGGAAGGCAGCAGAAAGGAAAUUAUGGACCAGUUAGCCUGACCUCAGUGGUUGAAGAAGUUGAAGUCAGUUGUUAAUGAUGAGGUGAUGGAGUACUUGGUGACACAGGACAAGAUAAGACAAAGUCAGCAUGGUUUCCUUCAGGGAAAAUCCUGCCGGAUGAACCUGUUCAAAUUGAAUGAGGAGAUUGCAAGUAGGAUAGAUAAAGGGGAUGCAAUGGAUGCUGUAUAUUUGGACUUACUGGCCUUUGACAAGGUGCCACACAUGAGGCUGCUUACCAAGUUAAGAGCCCGUGGUAUUGUAGGAAAGUUAUUGGCAUGAUUAGAGCAUUGGCUGAUUGGUAGGAGGCAGCGAGUGGGAAUAAAAGAAUCCCUUUUUGGUUAACUGCCAGUAACUAGUGGUGUUCUGCUGGGGUUGGUGUUGGGUCUGGUUCUUUUUGUGCUGUAUUUAGAUGAUGGAAUAGAUGGCUUCUCUGCUAAGUCUGCAGUUGGUACAAAGACUGGUGGAGGGGCAGGUAGUGUUGAGGAAGCAGGUAGGCUGCAGGAGGACUUGGAGAGAUCAGGAGAAUGAGCAAGAGAGUGGCAAAUGAAAUGCAAUGUUGGAAAAUGUGUGGUCGUGCACUUUGAUGGUAGAAACAAAUGUUCAGAAUAUUUUCUAAAUGGAGAGAAACUCCAAAAAUCUGAGAUGCAAAGGAACUUGGGAGUCCUUGUGCAGAACACCCUAAAGGUUAACCUGCAGGUAGAGUUUGUGGUGAGGAAAGCAAAUGCAAUGUUAGCAUUCAUUUCAAGAGGUCUAGAAUACAGGAACAGGGAUGUAAUGCUGAGGUUUUAUAAGGCACUGGUGAGGCCUCACCUUGAGUAUUAUGAACAAUUUUGGGCCACUCAUCUUGGAAAAGAUGUGCUGGCAUUGGAGAGGGUCCAGAGGAGGUUUACAAGGAUGAUUCCAGGAAUGAAAGUGUUAUCAUACAAGGAAUGAUUGAUGGCUCUGGGUCUAUACUCACUGGAAUUUAGAUGGAUGAUAGGUGUAUCUCAUUGAAACCUUUCAAACGUUGAAAGACCAAGAGAGAAGAUGCGAAAGGAUGUUUCCCAUGUUGGGGGAGUCUAGAACAAGAGGACACAGCCUCAGGAUAGAGGGGCACCCAUUUAAAACAGAGAUAUGGAUAAAUUUCUUUAUCCAGAGGGUGGUGAAUUUGUGGAAUUUAUUACCACAAGCAACUGUGGAGGCCAGGUCAUUUGGUGUAUUUAAGGCAGAGCUUGAAAAGUUCUUGAUUGAACAUGGCAUUAAAGGUUAUGGGGUGAAGACUGGGGAGUGGGGCUGAGGAGGGGAAAAUAAUCUUCCAUGAUUGAAUGGAGGUGCAGUCUUGAUGGGCCAAAUGGCCUAAUUCUUCUCCUAUGUCUUAUGGUCUAAUCCCUCAAUGAGGACUGGUGUGUAUUUCCUUGUCUUCCCCUCCCUCAACUCCACAAUGAAUUCCUGAUCUUUCUGAUAUUGAGUGCAAGGUUAUUGCAUCACUCAUCCAGCUGAUCUAUUUUGCUCCUAUACAUGUCUUCAUUACCAUCUGAUAUUCAGCCAACAAUAGUCAUGUAAUUGGCAAAGUUACAGGUGCCUAGCCACAGAUGUGGGUGUAGAUAAAUUUGCUGAUAUAUUACUCAAGAUAAAUUUAAUUAGUUCCUCGUGUUCCCCUUUCUGUUGUACAAUAUGUCUGUUUUUUUAAAAAGCUUGAUAGAAAUUGUUCAUUGAUUCCAUUUUCCUUGUGUCAGUUAUUUAAAUACAGAAUUAAGCAGUGAUUGAACAGUUGAAAACCUUACUAAAAUAGAUUGGAUUGUCCAUUGGAAAUGUAUUUCCCUUCCCUCUACACCUUCAGAUUUGAAUUUGCUUUCUUAGCAUACGAGUGGACAAGCGUUCUGGUAUUGAGGAUCCACGAGUUAUGUUACGGACCUCCUAGAAUGUGCAAAACCUCCAAGGUUUUAUGUCUCGUGCUCUCAGAAUGUUUUCACAAAUGACGACUGAUAAGAAUGAAUGUACUUAUAUUUAAUAGAUACCGUUCUAAAAUAGUGAAUGUAUUAGAAAUUUGUAAAUAAAGAGUUUUGAAUACUUUGGUAAAGCUCUGUAAUAUUGCAUUUAAGUUAAUUUGACAAUGUGAUGCAAGAUGGGUAGAGUGCAUCAGUAAUGACCUACAACCACUUCACAUGCUGAUUUUUGUGAAACCUGUCCGUUUUCAUGAGCUUUGUGGUCACAACAUUGAGACUGUGAUGGCGAACUUGUGUUUGUAGAUCAUAUGGGUGUAAUAUGCAUUGCUCAGAUCACACUUAAGUAUUGUGAGCAGUUUAGGGCCCCUGAUCUACGUAAGAAUGCAUUGGCUUUGGAGAGGAUCCAGAGACAGGUCAUGAGAAUGAUCCCAAGAAUGAAAGGGUUAAAAUAUGAAGAUUGUUUGAUGGGUUUGGGCCUAUACUCGCUGGAGAUUAGCAAAUUGACGGGGAUCUCAUUAAAACCUAUCAAAUAUUUGAAAGGCCUAGACAGAGCCUAUGUGGAGAGGAUGAUGCCUUUUGUGGGUGAGUCUAGGACCAGAGGGCACAUCCUCAGGAUACACUUUAGAACAGAUGAGCAGGAAUUUCUUUAGUUAGAGGGUGGUGAAUCUGUGGAAUUUAUUGCUAAAAGUGGCUGUGGAGGCCAGGUGAUUGGGUGUAUUUAAAGCAGAGGUUGAUAGGUUCUUAAUUAGUCAGGGCUUGAGAGGGAUAAUAAAUUCGAGAUUGUUUAAUGUAAUUUCCAGUACACAAGUGUAGGAGAACAAAGUAAUUAUUACUCUGGAUCUGAUGCAGCACAAAAAACAUGAUAAAAACACAACAACAAUAAUAAUAACACAAUACAUAUAAAUACAUAAAAUAGCUUGUAUACAGAGAUUGGUGGUUAUGUCCAUAAAGUGACACUAGGUCUUACAUAAUACGACUGGCAGGAAAUAGAACAUAGAACAUAGACAUCUACAACACAUUACAGGUCCUUCGGCCCACAAUCUUCACAAUUAUCUAGGGUGAACUUCAUCUGCCACUUCUCAGCCCAAUUCUGCAUCCUAUUGAUGUCCUGCUGUAACCCCUGACAACUUUCCAGACUAUCCACAACGCCCCCAACUUUUGGGUCACCUGUAUUUGUGAAUCCACAAAACAAAGUCUCCUUGAAUCCCAUGUCUCCUUAUUUUCUGAAUCAACUUGGCAUGGGGAAUCUUAUCAAAUGCUUUACUGAAAUCCAUACACCCUGUACACUGUAUCCACUGCUUUAACUUCAUCAAUGUGUUUUGUAACAUCCUCAAAGAAUUCAAUCAGGCUCAUAGCCAUGCUGACUAUCCCUAAUUAGAUUGUCUCUCCAAAUACUCAUAAAUCCUGCCUCUCAGAAUCUUCUCCAACAACUUGCCCACCACUGAAGUCAGUCAGACUGACUGUCUAUAAUUUCCUGGAUAAUCUCGACUCCCUUUCUUGAACAAAGGAACAACAUUUGGCAACCUUCCAAUCCCCUGACACUUCUCCUGUCCCUGUUGAUGGUACAAAGAUCACCGCCAGAGGCUCAGCAAUCUCCUCACUCACUUCUCACAGUAGCUUGGGGAUAUCGCAUCCAGUGCCGAUGACUUAUCUAACUUAAUAUCUUUCAAAAGCUCCAACACAUCCUCUUUCUUGAUGUCUAUAUGCUGAAGCAUUUCGGUCCACUAUAAGCCAUCUCCACAAUUGCCCAGGUCCUUUCCAUGGGUGAAUACUGAGGUAAAGUAUUCACUAAGUAUCUCCACUACCUUCUCCGACUCCAUCCACACAUUUCCACUAUCGCACCUGAUUGGUCCUAUUCUCACACGGCUCAUCCUCUUGCUCUUCACAUACUUGUAGAAGGCCUUGGGGUUUUCCUCAAUCCUGCUCACCAAAGGCUUCUCAUGGCCCCUUCUAGCACUCAUAAUUUUGUUCUUGAGCUCUUUCCUGGCACCCUUGUAAUUUUCUAGGGCUCUAACAGCACCUCAUUUCUUGAACCUUUUUUUAAUCUUAACGAUUUUCUAUAUCCUUUGUACAGCAUGGUACUUUUACCCUAUCAUCCUUUCCCUGUCUCAAUGGAACAUAUCUAUGCAAAGCACCAUGCAAAUGUUCCCUGAAUGUUUGCCACAUUUCUGCCGUGCAUUUUCCUGAGAACCUCUGCUCCCAAUUAAUGCUCCCGAGUUUCUACCCAGUAGCAUCAUAUUUCCCCCUACCCCAAUUAAAUAUUUUCCCAAAUCGUCUUCUCCUAUCCCUCUCCAGUGAUAUAGUAAAGGAGAUAGAGUUGUGAUCACUACCUCCAGAAUGCUCUCCCACUGAGAGAUGUGACACCUGACCCCUAACCCUAACCCUAAUGAUCAGCCAUGAUCUCAGAAUGGCGGUGCAGACUCGAGGGGCCGAAUGGUCUACUUCUGCACCUAUUGUCUAUUGUCAUAAUUGUUCUUGGCAAUUUUUUUUCUGAACUGGUUUGCCAUUAUCUUCUGGGCAGUGUCUUUACAAGAUGGGCGACCCCAACCAUAAUCAAUACUCUUCAGAGGUUGCCUAGCAUCAGCGGCUGCAUAACCAGGACUAGUGAUAUGCACAGCAGUUCCAGUGGCUUCAUACGACCCUGAUCGGAGGGUAAGCAGACACUACACCUUGUCUAAGUGUGACCAGCAGGCUAGUGGAGAACAGAAGCCCCUUGCAUCUCAUUUGCUAGAGACAUUUCUCCAUUCCACCACCCAAACUGCAUGUGGUAAAGUGUCCAGUAACAAGGGCGGUGUGAGCAGAUGAAAUGGGCUUUUGAGCAAUAGCUCCAUUUCUUAAAUGGCUGAGAAAGCUUGAAUGGGUUAAUAUAAAGAAUGCAGUGUCCAUAUGCUUGUAGUCAUCAGGCUCAAAGCAAACUCUGGCCUGAGGCAGGGUCUCCACUCUCUUCCCCCUCCCACCCCGACUCUGAUCCUGCUUGAUGCCCCAAGUUCCUUCAGUAGUUUCUCUUUGCUCCAGGUUCCAGCAUCUUUGGUCUUUUCUUCAUCUUAAACCAAACACCACUGACUUGAACGGCAGAGGAAAUAUUAACCAAAAUGGAAAGCAAAAGCAACAAAAUAAAAAAUUUGAAGUGAGGAUCUCAACAAUGUCUCAAACUUCAUAAAGUUUGGUUUAUUUUCCUGUAAAU